CUCUGAUCAACGGAAAGAGCCCAAGAUGUCGGCUCGGUCAUGUGAUCAGCUGUGUCCAAUCACAGCUGAUCAAUGAUCAUCAGGGCACUGAUGAUCAGUGUGCCCCCAGAAAGUGCCACCUGUCAGUGCCCAUCAAUGCCAGCUGUCAGUGCUCAAUGCCACCUGCCAGUGCCAAUCAAUGCUCAUCAAUGCCACCUGCCAGUGCCAAUCAGUGCCUCAUCAAUGCCACAUAUCAGUGCCUACCAGUGCACAUCAAUGCCACAUAUCCAUGCCCAUCUGAGCUGCCUUUCAGUGUCAUCUAUCAGCGCCAGUCAGUGCCACCUAUCAGUGCUGCCAAUGAGUGCCCAUCAG